GAAGAGGCCCAAGAAGUAAAAGGAGCAGAACAAAUGGAUAAUGCUAAGCAGAUGAUGAAGAAAUCAGAUUAUAAGAAUUUGGAGAUUAUUAUCACGAAUGGCUAUGAUAAAGACAGCUUUGUUCAGGAGAUACAAAAUGACAUUCAUGCUAACUCUUCUCCAAGUGACCAAAGUGCUGAUGACGUAAAACCUGUUGAUAAAAACAUGGAGCAAACUGAAAAAAUUGCUGCCUGCAUUCACCAAGAUAUAAAUGAUGAUCAUGUUGAAGAUGUUUCAGGAAUUCAGCAUUUGACAAGUGAUUCAGAUAGUGAAGUUUACUGUGAUUCUAUGGAGCAAUUUGGACAAGAAGAGUCUUUAGACAGUUUUACAUCAAACAAUGGACCAUUUCAAUAUUACUUGGGUAGUGAUUGCAAUCAGCCCUUGGAAAAUUCUGGUUUUCCUGAAGAUGUCCAAGUAUCUCCUGGAAGUGGCAACAUUGGAAAUAUGCAGGUGGUAACAGUUGAAGGAAAAGGUGAAGUAAAGCAUGGAGGAGAAGAUGGCAGAAAUAACAGUGGAGCACCACACCGUGAGAAGCGAGGCGGAGAAAAUGAGGAAUUCUCUAAUGUCAGAAGAGGGAGAGGACAUAGGAUGCCACAUUGGAGCGAAGGAACCAAAGGUGGGCAAGUGGGAAGUGGAGGUGACGGAGAACGCUGGGGCUCAGACAGAGGAUCACGAGGCAGCCUCAAUGAGCAGAUUGCUCUAGUGCUCAUGAGAUUGCAGGAGGACAUGCAGAAUGUCCUUCAGAGACUUCAAAAACUGGAAACACUAACUGCUUCGCAGGCAAAAUCAUCAACAUUGCAGACUAGUACUCAACCUUCCUCACAAAGACCAUCUUGGUGGCCCUUUGAGAUGUCUCCUGGUGCAUUAACUUUUGCUAUUAUAUGGCCUUUUAUUGCCCAGUGGUUGGUGCAUUUGUAUUAUCAAAGAAGGAGAAGAAAACUGAACUGAAGAAAAUUAUAUUUUACUUAAGAAGACUGCUGGGCCUGGAUGACCUCAGAAUGAAAUGGAUUGUGGAGUUCACAAGAAAAUCUUAAUUUGUGAUGAUUACAUUUCUUUUUUGUUGUCCAGUAGUUUGGUUUGUGUACAUAU